AUGUGUUUCUUCCUUCUCAGUUCCCUCCCCAUCCUGCACCCUCAAAUCCACCCUGUCCAUCUCUGUUCCAAACAAAUUUGUAUUACUCUCUCUCUCUUCACUUCAGUUAUUCUCUCUCUAAUGACAGGUUUACUUUCUUCUCUCUCCUUCCUCUUCUACACCACUCACUCUCUUAUAUCUGCCUUUGCCUCCCUGUGUAUCUGUUCUUUUUCCUUACUUCUCCCUUCUCCUCAACUGCUCUCCUCUUUCCUUUUAUUUUUCUUUAGUAAACGGCACUUGCAAAUAAUUUCAAUCUUGUCAUCUUCAUCUUCUCACAAUCCAUUCCAGUCUUCUCACAAUUUGUCUCUUCUGUCCCAGUCUUCUCACAGUCCAUUCCCAGUUCAGUCCAUUCCUCCAUUCCAGUCUUCUCACAGUCCAUUCCUCCAUUCCAGUCCUCUUCCACACAGUCCAUUCCCCAUUCCAGUCUUCUCACAGUCCAUUCCUCCAUUCCAGUCCACAGUCCAUUCCUCCCAUUCCAGUCCUCUCACAGUCCAUUCCUCCAUUCCAGUCCUCUCACAGUCCAUUCCUCCAUUCCAGUCCUCUCACAGUCCAUUCCUCCAUUCCAGUCCUCUCACAGUCCAUUCCUCCAUUCCAGUCCUCUCACAGUCCAUUCCUCCAUUCCAGUCUUCUCACAGUCCAUUCCUCCAUUCCAGUCUUCUCACAGUCCAUUCCUCCAUUCCAGUCUUCUCACAGUCCAUUCCUCCAUUCCAGUCUUCUCACAGUCCAUUCCUCCAUUCCAGUCUUCUCACAGUCCAUUCCUCCAUUCCAGUCUUCUCACAGUCUGUCUCUCAUCAUCAUAAUCCAUUUAUCUCAGCCUGCUUUGAUCUAUCUAGUGAUGGAUUCAAAUUUCUCUAA